AGAACACAUGAACACACCGAGAUCGGAUUCUCAGACCAGGGAAGUUAGACUUUACGAGGAGCACGUGAACGCACGAUAGCCCCACGAUCAAAGAUGGCGGUGCUUCUUAUGCCAAACUUCGUGUGUUGUCCUUUUUUUCUUUUCUUUUUUUUUUGAUGUAUGUGUGUUGGAUCAACUCUUUGUCUGGUCCGAGCAGCCGCACAGCGGCGACACGGUUCCUACACAAAUCCUCCUUCCGAAUGAGGUUUUCAGCUUCUUAGCCGUUAGCUCGUUCACCGCCAGACGUACCUGCGUCACAUUGUCUGUGUCGGAAAACCGCCGGAAGAGCGUCAACUUAAUCCAAGAUGUUUGUACUUGUCCUUCAUUCGUGGUUAAACGUUUUUUUUUGUUCUUCUUCUACAAUGACGUUUCAUUGCAGCAACGCAUCGUUGUGAACUUUUACUUCAACAACGACGUCGGAAACGAGAGUUCUGUCAGUUUCCGUUACGACAACGGUCGUCGCCAUGUCGCUCGUCAGCCAUGACACCUGACAGUUUCUUUUUUGUGAAUUGUCUGGCUGUCAGACACCAACCCCCUGUUAUUGAUGACGUCAUACCACAGGUGCAUUCAUUCGUAAUAAUCGGAACAAAAUUCGUGUCCGACUGGAAAAAAAAACCCGUGAACGCCACGUUAGCCAACACAGCUCAGGGAACCCACUCUGCCAGGGUGCGCCGGGCUCUUGAGAAUGAGACGGAGUGCAUCUCGCCCCAGUCGUCCGAGUUCCCUGACGGUUUCUUCACGGUGCAGGAGAGGAAGGAUGGAGGGCUCGUCAUUUACUUCAUGCUUAUUUUUUACAUGCUUUUGGCCGUCGCAAUAGUCUGCGAUGAUUACUUCCUGCCAUCCCUAGAAGUGAUCAGUGAACGUUUGGGACUGUCUCAGGAUGUAGCAGGAGCCACUUUCAUGGCAGCUGGGAGUUCUGCACCAGAACUGGUCACAGCCUUUCUGGGUGUGUUUGUGACAAAGGGAGACAUCGGGGUCAGCACCAUCGUGGGAUCAGCAGUCUACAACCUGCUCGGAAUCUGUGCUGCGUGUGGAAUCUUGGCCCCUUUGGCAGGGCGUCUCACCUGUUGGCCACUGUUCAGGGACUGCCUGGCAUAUGGCAUCAGUGUUGCUGCUGUUAUUGCUAUCAUUUCUGAUAACAAAGUGUACUGGUACGACGCUGCCUGUCUGCUGCUGAUCUACGGCGUCUACAUUGUGGUUCUCUGCUUCGACCUUCGCAUCAGCGAGUUUGUGCUGAGGAAGGUGAGUCCCUGCUGCACCUGUCUGGGUAAAGGUCCCGGGGAGAAGAAGGAGACGCAGCCUCUCAUUGGCUGGAAUGACGACACCAGUCUGCGCGUCCACAGUCGCUCCAGGACAGACAGCGGCAUCUUUCAGGACGACUCGGGAUACUCUCACCUGUCCCUCAGCCUGCACGGCCUCAAUGAGAUCCCUGAAGGAGAGCAGAAAAGUGUGUUUGCCGUGCCAGAGAGUGACCUGAAACGGAUCCUCUGGGUGUUGUCUCUGCCCAUCAUCACUCUACUGUUCCUGACCAUCCCCGACUGCAGGAGAAGGUUCUGGAAGCAAUGGUACAUGGUUACCUUCAUCAUGUCAGCUGUCUGGAUCUCAGGUUUCACAUACUUGCUGGUGUGGAUGGUGACCAUUGUGGGUGAGACCCUCGGCAUCCCGGAUACAGUUAUGGGACUCACUCUGCUCGCUGCUGGAACCAGUAUACCCGAUACCGUAGCCAGCGUGAUGGUGGCCAGAGAAGGGAAAGCCGACAUGGCCAUGUCCAACAUAGUGGGCUCUAAUGUUUUCGACAUGCUCUGUCUGGGGCUGCCGUGGUUCAUCAAGACUGCCUUUGUGGACACAAACAACCCCGUUGAGGUGAACAGCACUGGACUGGUCUUCAUUUCCUCCACACUCCUCCUUUCCAUCAUCUUCCUCUUCGUAGCCGUUCACGUGAACGGAUGGAAACUGAACUGGAAGUUGGGAGUCGUUUCUCUCUUCUGCUACGUCCUCUUCGCCACUCUGUCCAUCCUGUAUGAGUUGGGGAUUAUUGGCAAUAAUCCUAUAAGAUUGUGCAGUGACUGAGAUCUUACCUUUCCAGGACUGAAGCCAUAUGCUCUGAGACUCAAGUCCAAAAACAAUAAAAAAUGUCAAGCUUAUAGAUCUUCAAAUGUCAAGACAAGGAGGCGUGGUCCCACUCACAUACCUACAGAUAUUGUGCCGUGGCUGACGCGUAGGUCACAUUUCAGGAAGAUAAAAAAAUCUAUAUUGGCAAUAUAUUUCCCCAAAGGUGGAAAUAUACCAAAGAGCAGUUUCUUAUUAUAUGAGCCUGCUAAGAUCCAGACCCCAGUCUGUUAUCAUACAAUGAAGACCCUUUAUCAAGUUCUGAAACAUCUUCCGUCUUGGCUCAAAGCCCAUAAAUGGAAAACGUGCUGUUCAAGGAGCGACUGCCAGGUUCACACAUCGAUUCAGAACUGUCAAGUCAGUGUCAACAAAAUAAAAAGGUGUCGACGAAACUCA